AUGGGCAGAAAAGACUUUUUUGCCAAGCGCGAUGGAAUCGCUAAGGAGAGGCGCCGUCUACAGCGAGAAAAGAAUGGUUAUGCUCCUGGGGUCCAUAGAGAGGAGGACUCAAUUCGGGAGAAAGACAAAAGGCUUCCCAAGACCAACAAAUUACAUCAAGAAACUAUGAACCUCUGGCUCGAUUUCACUGCAGACCCGGAGAAUGGGUUUGAAUAUUACCAAACCUCCCUUGGUUCUCCGGCUCCAACUCAUGAGAUGAUCAAGGCGUACAUUCGCUGGUACGCAAGUUCUACUCAAGGGCGACUGAACGAUGAUGGGCUACCUACGUGGAUCAAAAAAACCUUGACGGCAGAUGGCGUCGUUGUAGACCAAAAGAAAGAGAAACUUAACUUCACAAGGCAUGAUUUUUUGAGAACAGUCUCGUCUUUGUGGCAGACUGAUCACCAAACGUUCAUUCCGGGACUGCUCAAAGUUGUCAUCUUGUUUGCUCUCCAGCUGUUCCUCUUUACUGGAGCAAGAGUCGGAGCUUUCGUACCCUCUAGUGAGGACAAACAUGAAAGAGGUCUUCGAUACAGACAUAUCAAAUUGGUACUAUUUCCUUCAUCCACAGCUCGUUGGGCGGUGGGUUGGAAGGUGGAUCAGAAGUGGCUCAAGAAUCUUCGAUGUGAAAAAUACACAGUAUUCGGAAUUGGUAUCCGGGACAGCAACAGGCCGCAAUUUGCGUCGGGCUACCUUCUUUUCUCCCUUGCAUUAGCGCACGGUGCUAUUUAUGGGGUGGAUACCGUGGAUGAUCUAGCGCAGUUUGAUCUUUCAAAUGGCGAGAUUCAUUUGCGAUGGAAGGAAGAGUACAUGGAUAAACCAGUUCUCAGACAUGCCACGGCUGAUGGGCCUCAGGAGACACCUUUGACGAAACAAAAAUUUUGUUCUUGCCUGCGUCAGAUUUUUAAUGCUGCAGGGUACUUUGGUGAACUGGCAACUAUCCAUUGUAUACGACGAGGCCUUGGGAAAAAAAUCGAAAAGAGAAAUGGCUCUGCACCUGUCAGUCAAAUUAUGGCGCAUCGGGGCCCAGGCACCUUUCCGGAGCAUUAUCAAGCCCACUGUUCCUCCAUAGAUACAGUGGGAGCCGUUCUAGAUGAGGAUGACCAAUCCGAUCAUAUCGAGUACUUUCAAGGUUAUAUUCAAUAUUACGAACGUGGCUUGCCAGGCGAGUUGCCAGCAGAGAUCAAAGGGAGUAUUUUGGAAAAACCAGAUAUGGUGGAAAUGAGAGCCCAGAUCGAAUCAUUCGCGCAGAACCACGACAAGGAUUCCUUCAAGAACAUGAAUUUGGAAUACAGGAAGGCGCUCGUUCGGCAUCGCCUGUUCGAACUCAAGCAAUAUCAAAAACGGUGGGCACAGGAGAAAAGAGACCAGAAAAUUAUCAACCGAGGAAAAGAAGAGCCGACUCAUUUGGAAAAUGACAUUCGCACACGUGCUCAAAUGUUGAUUAUGCCCGAGGUUGCGCGAAUCGCAACAGCCAUGUCCUGCACCAAAGAGCUUUCCUUUGACGAAAAACUUCUUCUUGUUCAAGAUCUACAGACGCAGUGUGCCCGUGAUUUUGAUGUGGUAUACCUCCCAAAUCAAAGUCCGGUUCAUGGGCUUUGUCCUGCAAAAGGGUGCCAUAUCAGCAUUGCAAGUCUGAGGAAGUGUGAUAGAAGUGCCCACAUUCACGGAUGUGUUCGGCGUGAGAAAGCUUCUGACCUUCAAAUAUCAGAAUCAGAGAUGCGGUUUUGCUAUGAAUGCAUGGAAUGGUUUUUGUCGAGUCAAUGGCGGAAGCAUUGCGAUGCCCAUCUCCAGUCAUGGCAAAUCCAGCACUGCGAAGUGAUCAUCUAUCGCCAUACCGUCAUUCGCCCGGGCUAUUGCCCCUUUUGCUUGUGGGACCCGAACCUGAAUCUCUCCGCAGAAACCCGUUUGCGAUCCUGGCUGCGAAGUGACAACCUGAGGGAACACAUUGAAGGGCAGCACAUGGCUGAAAUUCAGCGUUUCAAGAAAAAGCCGAUAUGCGGAUGCUCUCAAAUCUUUAACAAUGAGCGUGACCUUCGAAAUCACUUACACGAUGCACAUGGGCUAAAGGAAACCAUAUGGCAAGAAAAUCCAAAGCUACCCAACAAAAGGAAGCGCACUUGCAAGGUGGAAUCACAAUGCUCUUCAACAGAACCAGGAGAGGAGCAUCCCAAGAAAAUCAGAUUUCAUCAUUACACACCUCCGUGCCAUGAGCGUGAGCACGUGCCAGAAGAAUCAUUUGUCCCCGUCCCGGCCUUGCUUCCGUCUGUCGAAGAGAAUCUGGAACAAUACUCGGGGCCAAGUAUGUGUGACAAAUAUAGCACGAGCAGUAGAAGCAACUCAGUGGAACUAUGCUUCUUGGAGGCAAGUCCCCCACCCAGCUCGGGGCCAACAACUCCAGGUCUUGAGGCCAUUGAUCCUCGAAUCCUCGAACCUCCUAAAUUCAACAGCGACAAUGCCCGUCAAUCUUGUGACCCAGUUGUCAUCCAGCUAAAUUCACUCACUUUCCCACCAGAAGAGGAUGAGGCCACCAAAAUGUCCGUCAGUGGCAUAACACAGCCGCAACCUCCCGCUCUAAGCUUUGCCAGUCAGCCUUCUGGAUACUAUGCUGUCACUGAAGCCAAUGAGAGGAAAGGACUGCAAUGUCUCACCUCUUUGUCGACCUGUGACCAACCUGUUACUGCGGAAUUUGAGUGGGAGAGUCAUCCACUUACACGGGGAGAAGGCGGCGAGGGAAACCUGUCUGUUGAUGAUCAAGCCCCUCCCGGUGGCCCUCGCAGAACCCUCACUAGAUCCAAGGCACAAACUCAGUCGCCCCAGCAUCAUUCAGAUAGUUUGAACAGCUGCAAGCCCCGGCAGAGGCUUAAUGCAAAGAACAAACGAAAGUUGCGUGACCUACAGAGACAGAAUCUGACCCUGAGACAGAUCGGGCCUCAUUUCGCGGAUAUUGAUAUGGCGUUACUGCGACAGGCUUGGAUGGAAUUGAAGCCUUCUCAGAGAUGCACCAGAUCUCGGGCCAAUUGA